UAUUUUUGCGACGUCGUUUUGUAAUCAUAUAAAUAUCGGUCCUCACUUGCGUAUUUUCUUUUGUUAUUAUUUCUGGGAAAAUUUUCAAAUCAUCGUUUCUGGCGCCGACAUCGAAAUCAACGAGAGGUAACGAUCCUUCCUCCGUCUUCUCUCGAAUUCGUAUCUUCUUCUUCUUCUUCGAUUCUCGAUUCUGAGAUCUUCUUCUGCAGAUUCCGUCAGAUCGGUUAAGCUUAAAACGCUGAUUGUUCUUCUUCCUCACUGCCUUCUCUCGAAAAUCGCAAGUGAGCUAAGCUUCUUCAGUCUCCUCCAUAGAUUCUUCGAAUUCAUUCUGUGAUUUCGCUUCUAGACCUGAGAUCGUUCGAUUCCCCCAGGAUUGCGUCAGUUUUCGAGCUACGCAGAGUAGUAAAACCAAUUUUCGAUCGAACUGUCUCGUUUAGGUUGAUCGGUGUGAUGAAUAGACCCUAAUUUUCGAUCGUAAUCUCUAUUUCGAGAUGUUUGUCAGAUCUCUGGAGCCUGUGUGCGGUUUAUGCAGAUUCUCUAAGGUUUCCUUCCUGAAAUUCGUUUUUAAUCAACGAUUAUCACAGAAACGUGCGUAGCAGCUUGAGAUUCUUGUAUUUGAGAUUGACAUGAGGUGCAACGCCUGUUGGAGGGAACUGGAAGGCCGAGCCAUUUCCACUACAUGUGGCCACUUACUAUGUACUGAAGAUGCUAGCAAGAUUCUCAGUAAUGAUGGGGCGUGUCCUGUUUGUGAUCAAGUACUCUCCAAGAGUCUAAUGAAGCCUGUGGAUACCAACCCAAAUGAAGAAUGGGUCAAUAUGGCGAUGGCUGGGAUUUCUCCACAAAUACUGAUGAAGAGUGCAUACCGAAGUAUUAUGUUUUACGUUUCGCAAAGGGACUUAGAGAUGCAGUGCAAGAUGAAUAGAGUUGUUGCACAGUGUCGUCAGAAAUGCGAGGGUAUGCAAGCAAUGUUAAGCGAGAAAAUGGAGAAGGCGCAUGCAGCAUACCAGAAGGUGAGCAAGAGGUGUCAGAUGAUGGAACAAGAGGUAGAAAACCUGACCAAGGAUAAACAAGAGCUUCAAGAGAAGUUCUCCGAGAAAUCAAGACAGAAGAGGAAGCUUGAUGAGAUGUAUGACCAGCUAAGAAGUGAGUAUGAGACAGUCAAACGUACAGCCAUCCAACCAGCAAAUAACUUCUAUCCACGACACCAGGAACCUGACUUUUUCUCAAACGCACCAGUCAGUAUGAUGGAGAACAGAGAGCCCAUUCGCAGAGACCGGUCGUUUUUCUCUCCUGCAACACCAGGACCUAAAGAUGAGAUGUGGCCAGCAAGACAGAACAGUUCAAACUCGGGUCCAUUCGACAUCUCCAACAACUCACCCGCAAUUCCAUCUGAUCUUGGAAACAGAAGAGCAGGAGGAGGACAUCCUGUAUUUGGUGGUGGAGCAGGAGGAGGACAUCAUGCAUUUGGUGGUGGUGGUGGUGGCAAUGCUAAUCCGCAGUCGACUCUACGAAACCUUAUUCUCUCCCCUAUUAAACGCUCUCAGCUAUCUCGUUCCCGCCCGCAACUGUUCACGCUAUAGCUUAAGGAUCAAGUUCAAGUGUUUGAACCUGCCUUGGUGGAAGUGGAAACCAUAUGGUCACACCCAGUAAGUGACUUCGUUUUUAUAAGCUUACUGUCUUAGCAAGUAACAUCUGAGAGGAAAACGUGUGAUUUGAGAAAAAGAAAAAUUCUCGUCUCUAUAAAUAUUAAAUAAGAAUGAUAAAAUCAUAUUUUAGUAGAAUCAAUAUAGUGAAACUACCUACAAGGAUGUAAGAUGACGAGCAAACAUAAAAAGACAUUUUAAUAU